AUGUUAAAAACAGUAUCUCCUGCCUUUGCUGGGAAGAAAAGAAAAUGGCCAGUGCCAGCCUUCAAGGUGAUGUUAGCCUGGGUUUUUUUUUUUCCUGGUCACAAGGGCAACAAUCACUGGCUGGCUCUGUUCUUAAAAGGGAAGUUUCUUUUCAAUUUUUUUUUUUUCUGGAGGGUAGGGUGGUGGGGAUGGGAAUUGCUACUAUGCCAUGGUCCAAAGAAUCGCAUUGCAUUGCUUCAGUGUGUGUGGUACACACACAGGUGUGUUUCUGUGUGCUCGUUGCUUCCUGCUGCAGCUUCCUGCUUCUCUGGGACUCACAUGUAUAACCUGAUCUAUAUAAAUGUAUAA